GUUAGCUUCGUCUACAAAACAACAAUUGAACCAUAACAGCACGUGCAUUCUAUGCGACGGUCGUGAAUAAACGGCGCAUUGUCACUGAAUUUGUUUGCUUGGUGAUCCUGCCUUAACUUGUAAACUAAAAAUGUCUUCUUCGGAGAGUUGCGAUGAUUCCGACUAUGAUUCCGACACCGCUUUGCAAGAUGCCCUUGCCUCGGGAAGACUGGCUCCUGGGUUAUACGCUAUGACUCCUUUGGCAGCUACACAAUCACAGAUUAAUGAUUCCGAAGCCCUAGAGGCUAAACAUCGUCAAAUCUAUCUCGAUAUUGACUGGUUUGAACGACUAGAUUGCACGACUGGAUUGGCACCCCUCACUCAAGACUUGAAGGAGCAUGAGGAGGAACUCAGACUGGAUGUAGAAAAGAAAGGACUUCAAGAAGAUGAUGACAAUGUGCAUCAGGAUUUCAAACGAGAACUUAUGUUCUACCGGCAAGCACAAGCAACCGUGCUUGACGCGUUGGAUCGACUAAAAAAACUUGGUGUACCCACAAAACGUCCUGAGGACUACUUUGCACAGAUGGCCAAAAGCGACGCUCAUAUGACCAAAGUGAAGCAGAAGUUUCUGGUAAAGAAGAAGCAGAUUGAGAGAUCACAAAAGGUUAAACAGAUUCGUGAAAUGAAGAAACUCGGCAAAAAAGUGCAGACCGAAGUGAUGCUUCAGCGAGCCAAAGAAAAACGCGAACUCAUGGAGAAAAUUAAACGAUAUAAAAAAGGCAAGGGUACACUUGAAUUUCUUGAUGAACAUCCUGAGCUUAAAAAAGGCCUCAGUCGGUCUCAGUUCAAGCGAAUUGGAAAGGACCAGAAGUACGGAUUUGGAGGCCAGAAGAAGCGAAGUAAAAGAAAUACAAAGGAAAGCUUUGAAGAUAUUGGUGGAAAGAAAGCUUACGCUAAGGUUCCUAAGGCUCACCAUAAAAAGUUGAAAGCGAAGCAGCGGAGGAUGAAGACCGCUUAAUAUAACUAAACUGUAUAUAUGUAACAACCCUGGCGAUGAUGUCUCAACAGACUUCUUAAUUGGCUCUUUGUUUACGAUAAUAAAGUAUAGAAAUCUAAUAACAAUUUAAAUUCGUCCUGUUGCCCGUGUCGACCUUGAAACGUCGUGUGUGUAAUACAUGCAAUGAAAAUAAAAGAUGU